AGUUCAGAACAUCCACAAAAAUGAAGUCAGUCAUCAUCAUAAUCUUCAUCAGCACCUUAGUCACUCUUACCCUAGCUGGCAGUGACUCACACAUUCCAGACUCAACAACUGAGCAGCCAUCAUCAUCAAAACCUGAUUUCUGUGCAGAAUGUCAAAGCAUCUGGUCAAGUGGAAAGCCACCAUCAAGUGUUGAUUGUGAUCCAAAGAAUUUUGAAGUCCACACAGUCGUAGCUGUUUAUGCUGACUCUGGUGAAACUGUUACUGGACAUUGUGUUGGACAUUUACCAAAUGGAAAGCACUCAACAUUGUUUAGUUCCAUUACUGUUGAAUGAGGAGGCUUAAGGACAUCC